AUGUCAACAACUGUAGCCACCACGACUACAAAUAAUUUACAAGUGGUUGAUGGUUUAGCCUUGAAUGAAAUAUUUAAAGGACUAACCUCAAGUUCCGAAGAAGAGAGAUCAAGAUAUGCACAAGAAUUACAUACUUAUUUAUCAUCAAUUGCAAGAGACUUAUCAACGGAACACUUCAAUAGAUACAACAAUGACAUAAACAAAACCAUAUUUGAACUACUACAUCGAGAAAAAACAUCAGAAAUAUUAGGUGGUAUUGCUGCGUUGAAUGCCUUAAUUGAAUUUGAUUCUGGUGUAGGAAAAGAGAAUGCAAGUAAAACGGCAAGAUUCUCAAAUUAUCUUGGCUCCUUGAUAUUAUCAAAUGAUCUAGUGAUUAUGAAACAGGCUACAAGAACUUUGGGACGACUAGCGACAUUGGGAGGAAAUUUGACUGGAGAUUUCGUAGAUUAUGAGGCAAAGAGAGCGAUUGAAUGGCUUCAAAGUGAUAGUCGACAACAUGAAAACAGAAGACAUGCAGCAAUAUUGAUAAUAACAGCCCUAGCAGAUUAUGCCCCGACAUUACUAUAUCCUUUGACAAAUCAAAUUUUUGAAAAUUUAUGGUCACCAAUUAGAGAUUAUAAACUAAUAAUUAGAAUAGACGCAGCCGUAGCUUUACAAAAGUGUAUGCAAAUAAUAUAUGAUAGAGACCCCACAGCUCGACUGUUUUGGAUCAAAAGAAUGAUUGAACUGGCUUCAAAGUUACUUAAUGAAAAUCAAGACAUGAAUAACGACACUGGUAGUUCUUACAAUUUAAUUCCAUCUACAUCUCAACUGAGUGAAAACAUACAUGGAUCAUUACUAGUGUAUAAAGAACUUUUAAAAUAUUAUAAAGACCCUUUUAUAGUUUCAAGAUUUGAGGUAAUUUAUGAAAACACUAUGUUGUACAAAAAUCAUAAAGUUCCAACCGUGAGGCAAGAAUUGACUAAAAUUCUCCCCUUACUUUGCAAAGUCAAUACAGAACUAUUUGUUGAGAAGUAUUUGCAUAGAACAUUUUACUAUUAUUUAUCACAAUUGAAAAAGUAUAAAAAUCAACAUAAUGAAAUUGCAAACCAGGAUAAAAGUGUGAUAUUCAAAAGCAUUGGGCUUAUAGCUAUAGAGGUGGGUAACCAAACUGCGACUUAUCUUGAUGCAAUAUUAGACAAUAUUAGAGAAGGUUUAGCUCGAAAUUUUGGAGUUCAACUGUUUGAAGCAAAUGAAAACGUAAUUACAGCGAAUAUUGCAUCAUUAUCAGCUAAUUCAAAAUAUACCACUAGUAAGAAAGAAACGGAACCAGCUAUUUUUGACUGUAUAGGAAAGCUUUCAAUAGCAGUUGGACCAGCCCUCACUAAGCAUCUACAGCGAGAUAUAUUAGACAUGAUGUUUGCAAAUUGUUCACUUUCUAAACAUAUGCAAGAUGCUUUACAAACAUUAAUCAAGAACAUACCUACUUUAACUUCAUUAAUAAAUGACAAACUACUCAAUCUACUUAGUUUGGUCUUGUCUGGUAAAGCUUUUCAACCUCCUGGUUCACCAUAUGGAAGUAUCAAGAUGAAAUCAAACCUUGCUAAAGAUUGCAGAUUAAUUAUGAUAUCAAGAGAUACAGGUCUAAGUAUCAACAAUAUUCGAGCGGAUCCACAAAAUUACGAAAGACUUGAUAGUCAAAUAAUUGUCCAAGCAUUGGAAAUGCUAGCUGCUUUUAAAUUUGAUCAUUAUCAAUUGAAUGAAUUUGUAAGAUAUUGUACUAUUAACUAUAUUGAGAGUAAUAACCUAAAAGUAAGGCUCACAGCAACUGUUACAUCAUGUGAAAUAUUUGUGAGAGAUCCUAUAUGUCAACAAGUUAGUGUAAAUGCUUUGAAUGCUGUCAAUGAAGUACUAGCUAAAUUGUUGGCAAUUUCAAUAACUGAUCCUGCUCCUGAAAUUAGAAUCGCAGGGUUAACUGUACUAGCUAAUGCUGGUAAUUUUGAUCCACAGUUGUCCCAAGCUGAUAAUGUCAGACUACUUUUCAUUGCAUUAAAUGAUGAGGUUUUUGAGGUAAGAAAAGUUGCAAUCAGAAUAUUAAGUAGAUUGUCAUCUAUAAAUCCAGCUUAUAUUGUACCAUCAUUGAGAAAAACUUUAAUCCAACUUUUAGCAAAACUUGAUUAUUCAACCACUAGCAGAAAGAAAGAGGAAACAUCUAUUUUACUAUCAAUUUUAAUAAGCAACUCGAAAGAAUUGACGAGACCUUAUGUUAAACCAAUUGUGGAGGCAUUACUACCAAAAGCAAAAGACACUAGUUCAUCAGUAGCAUCAAGUGCAAUAACAUGUUUAGGAGAUUUAGCAGUUGUUGGAGGUGAAGAUUUGAAACAAUUUAUUCCAAGUUUAAUGCCUUUAAUUUUAGAAACAUUCCAGGAUCAAAGUUCAUCAUACAAAAGAGACGCCGCUUUAAAAACAUUGGGUCAAUUAUCUUCAUCAUCCGGCUAUGUGAUUCAACCGCUACUUGAUUAUCCUCAAUUAUUAGGUAUGUUGGUAGCAAUCCUUAAAUCAGACAACUCCAUAGAAAUAAGAAGAGAAACGGUAAGGUUGUUGGGUAUAUUGGGUGCUUUAGAUCCUUAUAAACAUAGAGAAGUAGAGCAAAAUUCAAAAAGUAUACCAGCGGAACAAAAUGCACCACCAGUAGAUGUUGCAUUGUUAAUGCAAGGUAUGUCACCAUCAAAUGAAGAAUACUACCCUACAGUAGCCAUCACAAAUCUAAUGAAAAUUUUAAAAGAUCCAUCUUUGAGUUUACAUCAUACUAAAGUUAUUCAAGCUAUCAUGUACAUAUUUCAAACUUUAGGAUUAAGAUGUGUUACAUUUUUACCUCAAAUAAUUCCUGGAAUGAUUAAUGUUAUACAUACAUGUCAACAAUCAAUGUUGAAAUUCUAUUUCCAGCAGUUAGGGGAUAUAAUAGUGAUUGUGAAACAACAUAUAAGACCUUUUUUGGAUGGAAUAUUUCAAGUUAUAAAAGAUUUUUUUUAUGUGAGUCAGCUUAAUAUUCAAGUGACAAUUAUCAAUGUGAUACAGUCUGUCUCAAAAGCGUUGGAUGGCGAAUUUAAACUAUAUUUGCCAGAAGUGCUUACUUUAUUACUAAGUGUAUUUGAUGAAGACAAAUCUGCUAAAAGAGUGUCAUCAUUGCAUGUGCUCAAAAGUUUUGUUGUAUUUGGAAGUAAUAUUGAGGAGUUCGUUGAUAUCAUUAUACCUACAGUAGUAAAAAUGUUUGAAUCAGGUCCAUUUGAGUUAAGAAAAGCUGCUAUUGAGACUAUAGGUAGAUUGUCAAGAAAUGUGAUGCUUAGUGAUAUGGCGUCACGAAUUAUCCAUCCAUUACUACGUGUGAUGUCUACAGAAGAGCUACGUGAGUCUUGUAUCAACACACUAAACUUAAUGCUUUUACAAUUGGGUUCAGAAUUCACAGUAUUUAUUCCAAUUAUAAAAAAGACUUUAAUUCAAUAUAAUAUACUAGCACCAAAAUUUGAACAAUUAGUAAGUCGACUAUUAAAUGGAGAUCCAUUACCUUUACACGUUGAGGAGUACGAUAAUGGGCAUUAUGAUGCAGCUUCUUCAGAUAUGCCAUCAAAAAAACUCCCAGUUAAUCAAGCAGCUUUGAAAGUCGCAUGGGAUGCAAGUCAAAGACGUACUAAAGAAGAUUGGCAAGAUUGGAUAGGAAGAUUAAGUAAAGAAUUACUUCUUCAAAGUCCAUCGCAUGCAAUUAGAGCAUGUGCAGGGUUAGCAUCAGAUUAUUAUCCAUUAGCAAAAGAUUUAUUUAAUGCUAGUUUUGCAAGUUGUUGGAGUGAAUUAUACUCCCAACAUAAAGAAGAGUUAGUUCAAUCAUUUUGUAUUGCCCUUUCAUCACCUACCAAUCCUCCAGAAAUUCAUCAAAUCUUAUUAAAUUUGGCUGAGUUUAUGGAACAUGAUGAUAAGUCUUUACCAAUCGCUAUAAGUACUUUAGGUCAAUAUGCUCAACGUUGCCACGCAUUUGCAAAAGCACUUCAUUAUAAAGAAUUGGAAUUUUACGAGGAACCUACUACCCCAACUAUUGAGUCGUUGAUUAGCAUUAACAAUCAACUCCAACAAUCUGAUGCAGCAAUUGGUAUUUUAAAGCAUGCACAACUUCAUCAUGAUUUGCAAUUGAAAGAAACUUGGUACGAGAAAUUGCAUAGAUGGAAUGAUGCGUUAAAGGCGUAUAAUGAAAGAGAAAAAGUUGAACCAGACAAUAUGGAAAUCACUAUGGGUAAAAUGAGAUGUUUUCAUGCUUUAGGAGAAUGGGAACAACUAUCAGAAUUAGCUCGCAGCAAAUGGGAUAAUACAAGUAGUGAUGUUAAGAGAAGUGUGGCUCCACUAGCUGCAGCUGCUGCAUGGGGUUUAGGACAAUGGGAUAGAAUGGACUCAUGUAUUAAAGUGAUGAAAACUGCAUCACCAGAUAAAGCAUUUUUUAACGCCAUUUUGAGCUUACAUAGAAAUAAUUUUGAAGAUGCUUCAGAGAAUAUUUUAAAAGCUAGAGACCUUUUGGUAACGGAAAUUACAGCAUUAGUUAGUGAAAGUUAUAAUAGAGCAUAUGGUGUUGUUGUGAGGGUACAAAUGUUGGCAGAAUUAGAGGAAAUAAUUAAAUAUAAAUGCUUACCACAAGGGUCAGAGAAGAGAGCUAUUAUGCGUAAAACUUGGAACACACGAUUACUUGGUUGUCAAAGAAACGUAGAUAUAUGGCAGAGAAUGUUAAAAGUUAGAGCAUUAGUUAUAAAACCGAAGCAAGAUAUGGACAUGUGGAUUAAAUUUGCAAAUCUUUGUCGGAAAUCAGGAAGAUUGAAUUUAGCAGAAAAAUCUUUGAACUUAUUGCUAGAAGAAGGUUCACCUGAAAAUCCGUCAAGAGCUCCCCCACAAGUUGUUUAUGCUCAACUAAAAUACAUGUGGACCAAAGGACAAAGGCCAGAAGCUUUACGUCAUUUAGUUGAUUUUACGACAAGAAUGUCUCAAGAUUUAGGAUUGAAUCCAAAUGAUUUGAUAACACAACCAUUACCUUCUGAGGGACCUGGCAUACCGAAGCAUGUUGAUGAAUACACCAAAUUAUUGGCUCGAUGUUUCUUGAAACAAGGUGAAUGGCAAAUUGCAUUGAAUAACAAUUGGAGAUCAGAAACUUCCGAAAUCAUAUUAGGUGCUUACUUAUUAGCUACUCAUUUUGAUAAUAAAUGGUAUAAAGCAUGGCAUAAUUGGGCUCUUGCAAAUUUUGAAGUUAUUUCAUUGUACACUAGUCAAAAUCAAGGGGAAGAAAAAAAAUCAAAUGAUCUCGAUGGAACUAUCCAUAUACAACAAACUAAUGUGAUUCCAAUUGAAGCAGUCCAAAGACAUGUCAUUCCGUCCAUUAAAGGAUUUUUCCAUUCAAUUGCAUUAUCAAAUUCAAACUCACUUCAGGAUAUGUUAAGAUUGCUCACUUUAUGGUUUAAAUUUGGUGGUAUACCAGAGGCAGCUAAAGCUAUGAAUGAGGGCUUUAAUAUGGUUAAAAUCGAUACUUGGUUAGAAGUUAUUCCACAAUUGAUUUCACGUAUACAUCAACCAAAUGAAAUUGUUAGUAGAUCGUUGUUUGGUUUAUUAACCGACUUGGGCAAAGCUCACCCUCAAGCAUUAGUUUAUCCAUUAGCCGUAGCUAUCACUUCAGAAUCAGCCAGUAGAAAAAAGGCAGCUCAAUCUAUCAUAGAAAAAAUGAGGUUCCAUUCUUCAGUCUUAGUUGAUCAAGCAGAAUUAGUCAGUAGAGAAUUGAUAAGAGUUGCCGUCUUGUGGCAUGAACAAUGGUAUGAAGGUUUGGAAGAUGCUUCAAGAUUAUUUUUCGGUGAACAUAAUACAGACAAAAUGUACGAAGUUUUGGAACCGUUACAUCAAAUGCUACAAAGAGGUCCAGAAACAAUUAGAGAACAGGCAUUUGCAAAUGCUUUUGGUAGAGAAUUAGCGGAUGCAUUUGAAUGGGUCUUGAACUUUAGACGUACAAAAGAUAUUACGAAUUUGAAUCAAGCUUGGGAUAUAUAUUAUAAUGUUUUUAGGAGAAUUACUAGACAAUUACCACAACUUGUUAGUCUUGAAUUACAGUUUGUUUCACCUAUGUUAGAGAAAGCUCAUGAUUUGGAAUUGGCUGUACCUGGAACUUAUGAGGCUGGUAAACCUGUGCUCAGAAUCAUUGGAUUUGAUCCAACUUUUUCAGUAAUUUCAUCAAAACAAAGACCUCGUAAGUUGUCAUGUAGAGCAAGUAAUGGUAAAGUAUACCAAUAUGUUUUGAAAGGUCACGAAGAUAUAAGACAAGAUAAUUUAGUAAUGCAACUAUUUGGACUAGUCAAUACCUUAUUAGUCAACGAUCCAGAAUGUUUCAAAAGACAUCUAGACAUACAACAAUAUCCUGCAAUACCACUUUCUCCUAAAGUUGGCCUAUUAGGUUGGGUUCCAAAUAGUGACACUUUUCAUAUGCUUAUUAAAGGGUAUAGAGAAUCAAGAAGUAUUAUGUUGAAUAUCGAACAUCGUUUAUUGUUGCAAAUGGCACCUGACUAUGAUAUCCUAACGCUAUUGCAAAAAGUUGAAGUAUUUACGAGUGCAUUAGAUAAUACAAGAGGUCAAGAUUUAUACAAAGUGUUAUGGUUGAAAUCAAAAUCAUCAGAAGCUUGGUUGGAUAGAAGAACCACAUAUACUAGAUCUUUGGCGGUUAUGUCUAUGGUUGGCUAUAUUUUAGGUCUAGGUGAUAGACAUCCUUCUAAUUUAAUGCUUGACAGAAUUACUGGUAAGGUUGUACAUAUUGAUUUUGGUGAUUGUUUUGAAGCUGCAAUUUUGAGAGAGAAAUAUCCUGAAAAAGUUCCAUUUAGGUUGACCAGAAUGUUGAACUAUGCUAUGGAAGUUAGUGGUAUUGAAGGGUCUUUUAGAAUUACAUGUGAACAAGUAAUGAGAGUAUUGAGAGAUAACAAAGAAUCAUUGAUGGCCAUUUUAGAAGCAUUUGCCUAUGAUCCUUUAAUCAAUUGGGGUUUUGAUUUUCCAACAAAAACUUUAGCUGAAGCCACAGGUAUCAAAGUUCCGCAAGUUAAUAUAGUCGAGCUAUUGAGAAACGGUCAGAUAGAUGAACAAGAGGCUAAUCGAUUACAGAAACAAAACGAUUUGGAGAUUAGAAAUGCUAGAGCAGGUUUAGUUUUGAGAAGAAUAACAGACAAGUUGACUGGGAAUGAUAUUAAGAGAUUGAAAGCUUUGGAUGUUCCUACUCAAGUUGACAAAUUAAUACAACAGGCUACGAGUGUUGAGAACUUAUGUCAACACUAUAUUGGAUGGUGUUCGUUCUGGUGA